CCGUUAGCGCGCGGCCGUUAGCGGUCGCGCUCUGGCAACGGUCGGCGUCAUGACCUUUUUGGUGGGCUACAGUCCGCGUGACCCAGCCCCUGUUUGCACGUUCGCCUCCUUCGCGGGGUGCAGUCACCGCGCGGGGCGGCCGCCCGUGAGGUAGCUAUCACGGCUUGUGACAACGAAUAAAGCUCCCGGACAGCGGCGCCCUCAGCGAUAGCUGGGUGGGCAGCCCCGGCCGGGAGCAGCGGCCCGUGAGUUAUCGUGAGGAGCGAGCAGCGGAGCCCACCUCCGGCCCGACCCCGCAUCAGCCGCCAGGCAGGCGCGACAUGAGCCUGGUCUGGCACCCGCGGGAUGGUCCUUGAGCCUCUUCUCCGGCAGUUACCUCCGGGGACGGUUGUGGCCACACCGACACGUAUUUUCCAAAUAAAUCAGUGUUUAUCUUGCGACGGCGGCGGGGCCGAACACGUUAAUUUAUUUUUCAUUUUCUCAGCAAGCAUUUGCCCAGCAUUUUUACAGUGAAACAACUUGGUAAGCGUUUGGAGGGAGCAACCGCCGGGUUAGGAAAUCACGGACUGAGCAGCUUGUGGAAGCCCGCAUUGGCCACGCCCCUCCUCUAAUAUUUUGAAGAUUGUUGCGUCUUGUAACUACCGGUGUGCACAGAAUCCUACCCAAGGAACGUCGUGGUCCAGCGAUGCAAACAACUGAAGUUUCAAGGUUUAUUUCUAUUGCUAGAUGAUCGGGAUAACCCCAGCAACUGAGAACCACUCAGUCAUGUCAGCUACAGUGGGUCCCUUAUGGGAACAGCAAAUUUUAGCGCGUGCGCCCUUUUCUCUCCUCUUCCAGCCUGUCCAAGCGCUUUUGAUGAGUAAGAAGGCGACAAAUGUCAGCUUUUGCAACUGCAACUCAUGGGUUAGAAGAGGAGAUGGAGCAAGCACAAGGCGGGCAGGCUAGCCUUGGUCUUCUGAGCAGCUACUGCCUUAGAGUGGGAUUUACCCACCACCAAUGAAAACCUCGAAACUUUCUAAUCUGCUGACAUUGGUGGCUAGAGGAGUGGCAAGAUGUCAUCCACUUUAGGCUGGAAGAGCCUGUAUUGUCUUCAUAAUACUAUAGAAGAAUUCAAGAUAGGAGAGAGAGGCAGCAGCGAAUGAAGACUAUAAAAGAAAAGAAGAAGGAACGCCUAAGAUUGAGGAAAUCUGCCAGGACUAGGAAGGUAACCCAGAGGAAGCCAUCUUCAGGGCCUGUUUGCCGGCUAUGCUUUCGAGAACCUGGGGAUCCCGAAAAGUUAGGAGAAUUCCUUCAGAAAGACAAUCUCAGCGUGCAUUAUUUCUGUCUUAUUCUAUCUAGCAAGCUGCCUCAGAGGGGCCAAUCCAACAGAGGUUUCCAUGGAUUCCUGCCUGAAGACAUCAAAAAGGAGGCAGCCCGGGCUUCUAGGAAGAUCUGCUUUGUGUGCAAGAAAAAGGGAGCCGCUAUCAACUGCCAGAAGGAUCACUGCAUCCGAAACUUCCAUCUGCCUUGUGGCCAAGAAAGGGGUUGCCUUUCACAAUUUUUUGGAGAGUACAAAUCAUUUUGUGGAAAACAUCGGCCAACACAGAACAUCCAACAGGGGAAUGUGGGAGAGGAAAGCUGUGUCUUGUGUUGUGAAAACUUAUCCCAAGCCAUUGCUGAGAACAUCCAGAGCCCGUGUUGUAGUCAAGCUAUCUACCACCGCAAGUGCAUCCAGAAAUAUGCUCACACAUCAGCAAAACAUUUCUUCAAAUGUCCUCAGUGUAACAAUCGAGAAGAGUUUCCUCAAGAAAUGCUAAGAAUGGGAAUUCAUAUACCAGACAGAGAUGCUGCCUGGGAACUCGAGCCAGGGGCUUUCUCAGAGCUGUAUCAGCGCUAUCAGCAUUGUGAUGCCCCCAUCUGUCUGUACGAACAAGGCAGAGACAGCUUUCAGGACGAAGGGAAGUGGCGCCUCAUUCUGUGUGCUACGUGUGGAUCCCACGGAACCCAUAGGGACUGCUCCUCUCUUAGAUCCAACAGCAAGAAAUGGGAGUGUGAUGAGUGUUCACCUUCUGCUUCAGCCAUAGACUACAGACCUGAAAACUCAAAUGAUAUUCCCUGCUGCAGCAGCACCUUCCACCCUCAGGAGCAUUUCUGCAGAGACAACAGCCUGGAAGAGAAUCCAGGGCCUUCUUGGACUGAUUGGCCAGGACCUUCCUUAGUAGAAAUUCCAGAGUCCUCUGGUGGCAGGAAGAACCACUCCUGGCAGUCCAAGGGUGUCAGAAUCACUAAGAGGUGCAAAAAGUCCAAGUAAAAACUUCUGAGUAGUUGCUGCCAAGCACAAUUGGGUACGAAGCAGCACUCCUCCAUUGGAUUUGGGGGAGGGAGCACUUUGGGACUGUGAGCCAAGGAAAGGGGGCCAGCAGUGAGACUAGAGCCAAGGAAAGAAGUCCCAAGGGAGCAUAAGGAGCACUCGGAGUCCAGAUGCCAACAGUCAAGCGUAUUUGUGGCUAUGAGAAUGCCUCUGCUCUUUUUUCCCCAAUUCUCUUUCUUCUCUUCUUCCACCAAGAUUCUUCCACCUUUAUAUGGUUUUCGUAUGCCUCUUCUUAACUUCACUCAAGUUUGUUAUUAUGCAAAUAAAGGUUUUUCUCUCCA